GUGGUGGUGUGUGUGUGAUGCAGGGAGGAGAGGGGCUGGAAUGAUGUAGGACCUGUUCUGUUUCAUCGCUCUCCUCCCCGAAGCAUGUGACCAUGUGAUCACAGUCACUGCAGGCAGACAGAUUGAGAAAACUUGUGACCAAAGCAACAGCAAUAGCAGCAGCAGCAGCAGCAGCAGCUCGGCGUCUUGCGAGAUAAAAAACUGAACCGCAGCGACUCCACAGCCUCCCUUCAAUCUCUUCACCUCCGUCAGACAACAUGGACUGCGGAAUAAUCACAUCCAAGACCGUCCUCCUCUUCCUCAGCUUGGUAUUUUGGGCUGCAGGAGCGGCAUUGGCCUACGUCGGCGCCUAUGUGAUCAGGAGCUAUGACAACUUCGACAGUUUCAUCCAGGACAAGUACACGCUGAUCCCAGCCGCUAUCAUCAUCGGCGUCAGCGUGGUGAUGUUCAUUUUCGGUCUGGUGGGAUGCUGUGCUACAAUCCGAGAGUCCAAAGUCGGCCUCAGCUUUUUCUUUCUGAUCAUAAUGGUGAUCUUUGCGGCUGAGGUGGCUGCUUUGGUGUUAAGCUUCAUCUACCAAGGAAAAAUCAAUGGAGAUCUGGAGCGCUCAAUGAAUGACGCCUUCUCAAAGUACGAUGGACAGGAUGCUGAAACCAAAGCUGUAGACUACCUUCAGUCUCAGUUGCAGUGCUGUGGUGUCAAGAAUUACACCAGCUGGUCCAACACUACCUGGUUUAGAAACCACAACAACACAGUGCCUGUGUCCUGCUGUAAGAACAGCACCACACAGUGCACUGGCAGAAUGGAUCAGCCAGACCUGCUUAACGUAGAGGGUUGUGAGGCCAAGCUGGAGCGCCUCCUACAGGGCGUUUUGGGUUAUGCCAUGCUGGUCAUUCUGGGCUUUGCCAUCAUCAAGUUCUUUGGGAUGCUGAGUGUAUGUGUGAUCACCUGUAAAACUGGCAGCCGGAGGAGUGGCUACCAGCCUCUCUAUGCCUGAGCAUCCUCCUGCAACCACCUACCACCUCCUUAUUUUUUCUCCAGUAGGUUUGCUGACCACUUGCUAAAAGCUAACCGACAUCCUCAUUCAGCAGUGUGUAGAAGCAUCCAGGUUGUGUUUUAAUAAUGGCGUAUACAGUAUACACAAAUGGCAAAACCUUAUCUAAAGUACCAAAUCAGCAACAAUGUUUUUCUCACCUGUCAAAUCAUUUUGUUAUUUUUAUUACACAGCUCCUGAAGUUUCCAGCUAUUACUUCCUUUUACAGUAACAUAUGAUACAGUUUUUAAAAAAUAAAUGAUAAAAAAUGUUGA